UAUUGGAAGAAUAUGAUGUUAACUCAGAUUUGUAAGUUCUAUGAAAGUUAUGGUAAAGGCUAUGCAUUGUAUUAUUUAUUAAUUUGCUUGAGAAUGUCUAUUUAUCUUUUUAUCUUCUUUGUUUAGAUAAUACUAGUUGUUCAUAGAUAUAAAGCUGCAGACUGGAGUGUUAGGCUUUACACAAGACGUCUGCUAGCUGCUAUGUUGACUUGUAAUAGCUAAGUGUCUGGGUGAAGGGAUUCCCACAGGUUAUAAGCUAUUACAUACUUUUUGUACUACAUAUAAUAGAAGUGUGCGUUAAUCAGAUGAGCUCAGUGUUUAGAUUGCUGCAGGGCAUGCCAAACCCAUUAUUGAAGUAAGAUGAGACAUACACUUCCCUGGACCAAACCCACAUACUGAGACAGAUAAAAAGGGGAGUUUCAUCAUUGAGCCGUUCACUCUGCCUUCUCUUCUUCUCCUCAGCAUCACACAUUCGAAAGGACCAUGUCUGUAUCCCGCCAAACAACUUACAAAAAAACCUUUAGUGCUGCUUCUGCAGUUCCAUCAGGGUUGAGCCGAAGUGGCUUCAGCUCAGUCUCUAUGUCUCGUAGUGGCGGUGGUGGUCGGGUAAGCUCUGGUGGCUUUGGCAGCAGGAGUCUUAGUGGUGUAGGAGGAAACAACAGAAUUUCCCUGAGCUCUCAGUCCCGUUAUGGAUAUGGCUCUGGGAUUGGAGGUGGUAGCGGAGCGAGCUUCGGUGUAGGUUCUGGAUAUGGUGCUGGUCAAGGAUUUGGUGCUGGUCAAGGAUUUGGUGCUGGGCAAGGAUUUGGUGCUGGGCAAGGAUUUGGUGUUGGUGCAGGAUUUGGAGGUGGACCAGGCUUUCCAGUGUGCCCUCCUGGAGGAAUCCAAGAAGUCACAAUCAAUCAGAGUCUUUUAGCUCCUCUCAAUUUGGAAAUUGACCCAAAUAUUCAAAAAGUGCGCACAGAAGAACGAGAACAGAUUAAGACACUAAACAACAAAUUUGCAUCUUUCAUCGAUAAGGUACGCUUCCUAGAGCAACAGAACAAGGUUCUGGAGACCAAAUGGAGCCUCUUGCAAGAACAAGGAGUGAAAACAGUUAGAAGUCAAAUGGAGCCCCUCUUUGAAUCCUACAUCAAUCAGCUCAGGAGACAGCUAGACAGUCUAGGAACUGACAAGUCUCGCUUGGAUUCAGAGUUGAGACAAAUACAAGAUACUGUGGAAGACUUCAAGACAAAAUAUGAAGAAGAAAUUAACAAGAGAACAGCCGCAGAGAACGAGUUUGUGGUGCUCAAAAAGGAUGUGGAUGCUGCCUACAUGAACAAAGUAGAGCUGGAAUCUAAGGUGGAUGCUCUGAAUGAUGAGAUCAACUUCCUGAGGGCCUUGUAUGAAGCGGAACUUUCUCAAAUGCAGUCACAGAUCUCAGACACUUCAGUUGUCUUGUCUAUGGACAAUAACAGAGCUUUGGACCUUGAUGGUAUUAUUGCAGAGGUCAAGGCACAAUAUGAAGAAAUUGCCAACAGAAGCAGACAGGAAGCUGAGUCAUGGUACCAAACCAAGUAUGAGGAGCUUCAGGUGUCUGCUGGAAGACAUGGGGAAGAUCUGAGAAAUACAAAGACUGAAAUUGCCGAGCUAAACCGUAUGAUUAACAGGAUGCGCUCUGAGAUCGACAACGUGAAAAAACAAUGCGCCAAGCUACAGAGUGCGAUUGCUGAGGCUGAGGAACGGGGAGAGCUUGCAUUGAAGGAUGCCAAACAAAAGCUUACAGAGCUGGAGGAUGCACUACAGAAGGCCAAGCAGGACAUGGCUCGCCAACUGCGUGACUAUCAGGAGCUGAUGAACGUCAAACUGGCUCUGGAUAUUGAAAUCGCCACCUACAGGAAACUGCUGGAAGGAGAAGAGAGCAGGUUGGCUGGAGAUGGUGUAGGAGCUGUAAACAUAUCCGUUGUAAGCUCAUCCUAUGGUGGAAGCAGUGCAAGUGGUCAAGGUUAUGGAGUUGGAGGUGGAUUUGCCUCAGGUGGUGGCAUGGGAUAUGGAGGAGGCAUUGGUGGAAGUUAUGGCGGCGGUGUUGGUGGCGGUUUCAGCGGAGGUAUCGGUGGAGGAAAUUUCUCUUCUAACAGUGGAAAACUGGCAAACUUUGGCUCCGGAGGUGGUGGCAGCUCAAGUGUAAAAAUUGUUUCAAAAACAUCAACAUCUUCCCGAAGAUAUUAAUACAGCCACAAGAAGUUUAUUGCCAUAAUCUCUACAGCCAUAUACAACAUCUCUCCUGUGGCUAUGAAAAUAAAAUCCAUUGUAAAUUAUUAGAGUGUUUAAUCCUGUAGGGCUCAUGUAGUCUGAGCUAUUUCAUGCCCCAGUUGUGACUUUUUGACCCUCACUUGGCCUGUCUAACAUCAAUACCCACAGUUCUGUUCACUGUUCAUUUAUAAGGUUUGCCACCCAUUCUUCAUUGGAAAAAACAACAGCAAAGAAAUAAAUGAAUACCCUUCUAUGUAUUAACUUUCUCUUCUGCAAACUGAAGGUGCAAUUUAGCUAUUGCUUAACUUUGUUUAAUACUUCUACAAUGUCUUGUUUUAUAUACUCUGCA